CCCAUUCAACACUUUUACUCGGGUCCUUCUCAAAUCUACGUACGCUUUUUUUUGUAACCGGAAAUUCUCCCUAUUUCAUUCUGUUUAUUAGAAUUUUUCCUCUUUCUUUUUCUAUUUCAAAAUGUUUUCCAUGUUUAAUUCUGUUCCAACCCAUAUGGAUUAUAAAGGUCAGAAACUUGCAGAGCAGAUUUUCCAAGGUGUCAUCCUGGUCUCAGCUGUCAUCGGGUUCAUUUACGGUUUUAUUAUCGAACAGUUUGGUUGGACUGUGUAUAUAAUGUUAGCCGGAUUUGCCGUCUCCUGUUUGCUCACACUGCCUCCGUGGCCCAUGUACAGACGAAACCCUCUCACGUGGCAGCCGAUCAUCCCGGAGACUCCUGAGAUCCGUGAGAAACCUCAGGAGAACUUAAAGAAGAAAAAACACAAGUAGAACCACCGUUUCGGCUGCGACGCGUCUGUGCGGUGAACUUGCAGGAAGAGGAAACGACUUGCAGCUUCAACAUCUCACUUGGUCGUUUUCAUGUAAAAUUCCACAUGUGCUUAAUAAAGAGGAUUAUUUGUGUUA